UUCUUACUUUCAAAUUAAAUGACCACGAUAUCUUUUACCUAAAUUGUGCUAAAUUUCUUCAGGAUUCAAGAAUUUCGUGGACAGUGUUUUAAAACCCACUGGUCGACAAUGGGCUAAUCGUUCCUGCCACAAAUUGUAAACUGAUCAUCCAUCUACGCAAUCAUGUCGGACGUAAAACCGAAUCUUACUUGGGCUGAUGUGCUCAAGGGCCGUGUAGUGCCGUCUUCUCCUGCCACAGCUGAUGCUGCUGCACACGAGUCUCGUGGCUCCGAUGAGUGCACAGACACAAUGCCGAUUGGAAUUGGCGGUGACUUGGCGGAAAUUUUAUACGGCACUCACGUUUAUGUACCGGAAGAUGUCAGAGACAUUGAGUUUCUUGGCCCGCCAAUUGAACCGCUGAAAAUGCAGGAGAAUACGAUUUUUCCCAUUCAACAAGAGCCAACAAAUUCGCAGAACGGCGAGCCUCUACGCAACCCGAAUCAACAUUGCACUGUUGGAGCAGAACGUGCACCGGCUACACCACGCGCACUGCCACCACAGGCAGCAGCCGAGGAAACUGCACGCGCAUCAUCAUACGCACAGAGCCAACCACUAAAGGGCCUUGACCUAAAUGUUCAGCAUGGGCGCUUUCCGGACCAGACCCGCAUGCGCAUGCCACCACAGGAUCCUAUGCAGCAGCAGACUUGCAUGCCACGGGGCUCCAUGCCCCAAGGUUGCCUGAAUGCCCAGCCUAGUGCCUUAAUUCUAGCCGGCCAAUCUGAGCCAUUCCGUCCGCAAGCAGAGGAAAGCUUGGUAUACGGUCAGUCGACAGGUGGGCUGAGUGGCCGCGGACACGGAGGCAGACUCGCAUACGGACGCGGAUACGAACGCGGACUCGAACGCGGACUCGAACGUGGACUCGGACACGGACACGAACGCGGACUCGGACACGGACACGAACGCGGACUCGGACACGGACACGGACACGGACACGGAGCCUUAUUGGAGGAGCUGGCUCCCACUGGAGGGACACAGUCCAUGUUAGGGGAGGAUGUGGGUGUGUUGCCCGGGACACGCCAUGACGAUAACGCACCAGUGCCACUGGAGGACAUUGGUCGUGAGAUUCGUGAAUGUCUCGAAGCACUACAUUCCAUACUCUUUUCACAGUAUUGGAGUGAGUAGCCAUACAUAUCUGUCGGCCUGCCCGAUUGUAUCUGUCGGCUGGGAAGAAAGUCUUUGUUUCCAUGGAAGCAGAACAUACAAAGGCGAAGCACGACUCAAGCCAGCUGACGGGGACCACGGCCACAGGAGAUGGGUAUUUUUUCCGCUCGAACAACACACAUAUCAUUCAUACACCAUUAUAUUCUUAAAACUAGAUUUAACAAUACACUAAUACCAUCAGUUCAAAAUUAUAUAAAAGUUUCGUAUAUAAGACAAGACACAGAAUCGAUUGAACAAAAAAGAAUUGUAAUUUCUUAUAAAUUAUAAUGAUUCAAUGAAAUUAUAUUCUUGUGUACAUCCGACAACAUCCUGAUAAAUGUACAAACAAUCCAUUAAAUCGAAUAUGCAACGCA